CGUGAGGAGAGUGGCGAACAUCUCCCGGCGCAGCGGGGCCGGCGCUUCCCACAGCCCGGGAGCCCGGCGUGCUGAGAAGCGCCCCUCCGAGCUCCUCUCCCAUCGACCUCUCGUCCUCCCCCCGGGCCGGGCCGCCCCCGCGCGGCCCCUGCGGCUCCUGGCACGGCCCCGCGCUCGGCUGCCGCCCUGGCGCGCUCCACUCUGUCGUCCCCGGACGGGCGCGGACCAGCUCGGCCUGGACGCCGGCGGCUGGGGAGGGGGCGCUGGCCCCGGGGCCGCGCAGGCGCUGCCACCAACCUGGGGCUGUCAGUGGAGGGCGAGUGCUGGCUCCGAGGGGAGGCGACGCUCUCCGGGGCCAACGGGCCGCACGCCGAGGCGGCCGUGGGAACGACUCAUCCCUUUUCCAGCCCCGGGGCGGCGCUGGGGUCGGGGUCGGGGCCGAUGGGGGCCCCGCCCCCGUCUCCUGGCCUGCCCCCGUCGUGGGCCGCGAUGAUGGCGGCCCUGUACCCGAGCACGGACCUCUCGGGCGUCUCCUCCUCCUCCCUGCCUUCCUCCCCAUCUUCCUCUUCGUCGCCGAACGAAGUGAUGGCGCUGAAGGAUGUGCGGGAGGUGAAGGAGGAGAACACCCUGAACGAGAAGCUUUUCUUGCUGGCGUGCGACAAGGGUGACUAUUAUAUGGUUAAAAAGAUUUUGGAGGAAAACAGUUCAGGUGACUUGAACAUAAAUUGCGUAGAUGUGCUUGGGAGAAAUGCUGUUACCAUAACUAUUGAAAACGAAAACUUGGAUAUACUGCAGCUUCUUUUGGACUACGGUUGUCAGUCCGCAGAUGCACUUUUGGUGGCAAUCGACUCUGAAGUAGUGGGAGCUGUUGAUAUACUACUUAAUCAUCGACCAAAACGAGCAUCAAGACCAACUAUAGUAAAACUAAUGGAACGAAUCCAGAAUCCUGAGUAUUCCACUACUAUGGAUGUCGCACCUGUCAUUUUAGCUGCUCAUCGUAACAACUAUGAGAUUCUUACAAUGCUCCUAAAACAGGAUGUUUCUCUACCCAAGCCCCAUGCAGUUGGCUGUGAAUGUACAUUGUGUUCUGCAAAAAACAAAAAAGACAGCCUCCGACAUUCCAGGUUUCGUCUUGAUAUUUAUCGAUGCUUGGCCAGUCCAGCUCUAAUAAUGUUAACAGAGGAGGAUCCAAUUCUAAGAGCAUUUGAACUUAGUGCUGAUUUAAAAGAACUAAGCCUUGUGGAGGUGGAAUUUAGGAAUGAUUAUGAGGAACUAGCCCGUCAGUGCAAAAUGUUUGCUAAAGAUUUGCUUGCACAAGCCCGGAAUUCACGUGAGUUGGAAGUUAUCCUAAACCACACAUCUAGUGAUGAACCUCUUGACAAACGGGGACUACUAGAAGAAAGAAUGAAUUUAAGUCGUCUAAAACUUGCAAUCAAAUAUAACCAAAAGGAGUUUGUCUCCCAGUCUAACUGCCAACAGUUCCUGAACACUGUUUGGUUUGGACAGAUGUCAGGUUACCGACGUAAACCUACCUGUAAGAAGAUAAUGACUGUUUUGACAGUUGGCAUCUUUUGGCCAGUUUUGUCACUGUGUUAUUUGAUAGCUCCCAAAUCUCAAUUUGGCAGAAUCAUUCAUACACCUUUUAUGAAAUUUAUUAUUCAUGGAGCAUCAUAUUUCACAUUCUUGCUGUUAUUAAAUCUGUACUCUCUCGUCUACAAUGAGGAUAAGAAAAACACAAUGGGGCCAGCCCUUGAAAGAAUAGACUAUCUUCUUAUACUGUGGAUUAUUGGGAUGAUUUGGUCCGACAUUAAAAGACUCUGGUAUGAAGGGUUGGAAGACUUUUUAGAAGAAUCUCGUAAUCAACUCAGUUUUGUCAUGAAUUCCCUUUAUUUGGCAACCUUUGCUCUCAAAGUGGUUGCUCACAAUAAGUUUCAUGAUUUUGCUGAUCGGAAGGACUGGGAUGCAUUCCAUCCUACACUUGUGGCAGAAGGGCUUUUUGCAUUUGCAAAUGUUCUGAGUUAUCUACGGCUCUUUUUUAUGUAUACAACCAGCUCUAUCUUGGGUCCAUUACAGAUUUCAAUGGGACAGAUGUUACAAGAUUUUGGAAAAUUUCUCGGAAUGUUCCUUCUUGUUUUGUUUUCUUUCACAAUUGGACUGACACAGCUCUAUGAUAAAGGCUAUACUCCAAAAGAACAGAAAGACUGUGUGGGCAUCUUCUGUGAACAGCAAAGCAAUGAUACCUUCCAUUCGUUCAUUGGCACUUGCUUUGCUUUGUUCUGGUAUAUUUUCUCCUUAGCACAUGUGGCAAUCUUUGUCACAAGAUUUAGCUAUGGAGAAGAAUUGCAGUCCUUUGUUGGAGCCGUUAUCGUUGGUACAUACAAUGUGGUAGUUGUGAUUGUGCUUACGAAGCUGCUGGUAGCAAUGCUUCAUAAAAGCUUUCAGUUGAUAGCAAAUCAUGAAGACAAAGAAUGGAAGUUUGCUCGAGCAAAGUUGUGGCUUAGCUACUUUGAUGACAAAUGUACAUUACCCCCACCUUUCAACAUCAUUCCUUCUCCAAAGACUAUUUGCUAUUUGAUUAGUAGCCUCAGUAAGUGGAUUUGUUCUCAUACAUCAAAAGGCAAGGUCAAACGGCAAAACAGUUUAAAGGAAUGGAGAAAUUUGAAACAAAAGAGGGAUGAAAACUACCAAAAAGUGAUGUGCUGCUUAGUGCAUCGUUACUUGACUUCCAUGAGACAGAAGAUGCAAAGUACAGAUCAGGCAACUGUGGAAAAUCUCAAUGAACUGCGCCAAGAUCUGUCAAAAUUUCGAAAUGAAAUAAGAGAUUUGCUUGGCUUUCGGACUUCUAAAUAUGCUAUGUUUUAUCCAAGAAAUUAGCCAUUUUCUAAAUCUUGUAGAGAAUAAUUUUCAAUAACAAAUCUGAAAGACUGUAUUUACAUAACUUGCAAUUAAAUUAAUAAGAUAUAUAUUGAAAUAAACAAUUAUGUAAAAGCCAUCCUUUAAAAUAUUUAUAGCAUAAAUAUGUGUUAUGUAAUAUAUGUAUACAGAAUUAGUUUUUUAAAAUCUGUCAGUGGCUUUUUGCAGGAGCAAAACAGAUUAAGUAGAUAGAUUUUUGUUAGCAUGCAAUUUGAUUUUCUUAAUUGGACAGUGCUUUUAAAAUGUUACUUUUUAUGAGCAAGAAGAGUAGUUAUAGACACAUUGCCCAGAAAGUUUUGUAAAAGUGAAGAUCAGCUAAUGUGGGCUUAUCUCCUACCAUAAGAUACACUUGAAAUAUAGACAUUAUGAUUUUUAAAACCUCUGUUUUAGUUCAUAAAUAUAGUUCAGUAUUUAUUGUUUAGGAAUAGAGUUUUAUCUAAAAAUAAGUCUAUUUUUUUUAUUUUGCUAUCUUAAGCAACAAAGAAAAAAACCCUAAUGAAUAUUUGAAUCUAUUUAUGACUGUCAAUUUAAAUUCACUUCAGUUUUUGUUUUUGUAAUAUAUUUACUUUUACAUGGUUAUAAUCAUUUUUUAAUUUUUUUUCACUUAAUAUUAUAUACAUAUAUAUUUCCAUGUAUUGUGUAGUCUGUUUAGAUUUUUAUAGAAUUAUGUCAUUUUUGAAAACAGUAAACAUUUUUAUUUUUUAGCCAUAGGGUAUUUGUUUAUGUUUAUAAGUUCACACAGUUAUUUCUCGAAUUAUUUGGGUGCUUUUAAUUUUCCUUUACCAAGAUAGUGCUAUAAUUUUUUUCAAGUCAGAGUGAAUAGUCAUGAAAUAGAAGAUACAUCUUUAUCUUGUAUAGUCAUAGCUUUUUGGUUUUGUAAAACAAUGGAAGAUCCUUUAAUGAAAGGAUUUGUUUUAUAUUUGAAUUAAGGUUCUUGAGCUUAUCUCCCAAAGUAUUUUCCACAGAUUUAACAUAGCUUCUAUUCAAGUGACUUCAUGCUUAUUUGUGGAUUAUUCUUGCUGCUUAAGAUGAAAAGCUUUGUUUUUUUAAUUCAAGAAUAAAAUGUGUAUUUAAAUUUUUUUCUAUGUUCACAUGAAGGAUGUAGAUAGAAUUUUUUCAUAGGAUGUAGCUUAUAUAUUCUUGCAGCAUUUCCAGUUAAGAAGGUAUUAGGUAUAUAAUUCUCUCCUUCACUGAAUGUUAGAUGGUCUUAAGGCCACAGGGUGCAGGUAGCCCUGGGUCUAUAAGCACCACCGAUCCAGGGAUCAUUGUCUAAAUAUGUUAGUGUUAUGUUUCUCUUUUUAAUUUUUAUUUUUUAAUUUCAAAAUUUUAAGUGUUCCCUCUUUGGGGCAAAUUCUUAUAAAAAUGUUUAUUGUAAAGUUAUAUUUUGUCUACGAUGGGAUUAUGCACUUCCCAAUUGGAAUUUUACAUCAGGAUUUUUAGUCAUUCUAAAAACACCUUAUUAUUAAAUUAAAAUAUUUAUAGAGUGCCUACUGCAUGCAUGAAUUACUUAUGAGGUGUAUUUUGAAUGAGUAUAGAAAAAAGGUGAAUAAAACUUGACUUUAAAGCAUAAAAUGAGAGUCUAUUAUACUUUUUAAAAUUGAGAUAUAAUUCACAUACCAUAAGAUUUAUUUUUUAUAAUGUAAAAUUCAGUGGUGUUGGUUUUUAAAAAUCAUUGUAACAAAGGACUAAUAUGUAAAACAUCAACCUUAGACCCUCUUUGUACCCUUUCCCAUCUCUCGUGUGUCAGGGGCAGGCUCUGAGGGCCCCAGAGCCGCACCGUGCCCUG